AUGGCGAACGCAGGUAGAAGAAAGCAGAAAAACGUAUUCGUGGAGGUGAAAGGCGAGUUGUCUAAAAUCAGGUUGGAGAUGAAUUCGAUGGGAGAAAAGUUGAGCUCGGUUGAGAAGGACAAAGAAAACCUUCGCUGCAUCAACCACGCUUUAAUUGAAAAGAUCAGGAAAGAAACAGAGAAGGACUAUCCAUUCAAGUUGUUUCUACUAACAAGAGAGCUGGAGAAUGAGCGAGAGAAAUCCAUGCUUGCAAUGCAGAGGUUGUGUGCGAAACAGAUCUUUGCGGUAUUUCUUCAAGAGAACUUUGGCACCUUGGCCGACAAAGACAGUUGUCAAACUCCUUUGACUAUGCAGAAUAUGAUGAAUAUUCUCAAGGUGAUCAAGAAACAAUGGGGAGAGGAGAAAGCCCUUCUAAAAACGGAAAAUGAAGAUUUAACACAAAGUCAACAUCUUCUCAAAGAAGAAAUGGAAAACUUGCAAAAUGAGAAUAGAGAAUUAAGAGAAGAAAAGAUGGCAGAAAAUCUAAGCAGUCAAGUGAUAAUUGACUCUUUAGAGGAACUCAUCAGAGAGCAAGAUGAAGAGAACCAGAAUCAGCAGCAGAUAUUGCAGAGUGAGCUCAGAGAUUCCAAAGAACACGCAGAAGCCCAACAAAAACAUAUUUCUGAGCUUGAGCAGCAAGCAUUGUUUGCCAAAGAACGGUUGUCGGAUUGCGAGGGAACAAUUAAGACACUGGAGGAAACCAAGUUUCUGCUUAUAAUCGAUGUCAAAACAAUCGAAGGAGAGCUACUGGCUUUGGAAGAUGACGCAAGGGAAACUUCAUUUGUACUUGAGGAGUUGUCCAAGGAAGUGAGAGACUGGAAAUCGAGAACUGAAGAAAGUGAAGUCAGAUGCUCCUUGUUGGCAGAGAAGCUUUGGGCAUCGGAACAACGAGAAGCCAUUGUUGAUGAAAAGUUGUCGGUUAGUGAAGAACAAGUGAAAAAGUUAGAAGAAGACAACCAAUCGAAAGAAAAAGUAAGCAAAGAUAUGGAACUGAAGCUCAAGUUGUUGGAACGCAGUCUUGUUGAUGCCGAAGAAAGUUUUGAAGCGACUUCCAUAAAGUUGCUGGAAAUGACUUUGAAUAUGAAGAACUGGAAGUCAAGAGCACAAGAAUUUAAGACAAAAGCUUCUGUUCUAGAAGAAAACAAUAAAAACUUGGAAAGUGAGAAAGAUAGGCUGCUGAAGACCUCGAUCGAUGAAUACAGCAAGCAUUUGCAGCUUAGUCUAGCAAUGAACUCAAAUAUUGCAUCUUUGCAAAAUCAGAAUAAAGAAUGCAAAGAGAAGAUCGAUGCUCUUGCUAAAGAAAAUCAGAUGCUGUCAGAAGAGAAAAAGUCAAAGUUGCUCGUGGAAAAAGAACUUCGGGCUGUGCAAGACCGAAACAGCGAUCUUAAUGAAGUGAUCAGUGAUCUGAAACAAAUACUUAGAGCGAAGAGCAGGCCUUGGUGGAGAAAAAUUGCCUCUUGUAGUUGAAGAAAGAAAUUUUAGACUUAAUAAGACAGUUGCAUAUUAAAAGAAUUAGCUUAUAUAUGUACUUUUAAAUUUGUUUUGAAUAAUAUCAUUUGUUUUAUGAAAAGAUGUGUUUUUAAUAAAUAUCUUCCUUCUAGUGAAAAAAUUAGAACAAGGCUGGUGACUGUUUAGAAAAAGGGCCUGAAUUUUUAUGUAUUUUACGUUAUAUGAUAAUCCCAGCUUUAGUGCCAGGCUGAUACCCUUAACUUAAACAUGAACCAAUAUAGGACGUUCAUCUUUAGAAACAGUCGAUUGUUUUCAAAAAUAGACCAUUUUCACUGUUCCUACUAAUGGAUAUUUUUCAACUCUUUACCUUUUCUUUGUAGACUGUAAAUAAUACCAGAG